ACCUGGACGGACGUCGUACGUCCGUGUUGGGUCUCUAUUUGGAAAAGAAAAAACCCCAGUCUCAAAUAUUAUUGAAGUUGAUUGUUGUCUUCACUGAAUAGUUCGAACUCUAUAAAUAAGUGGGAAGUUUCUGCCACAUGUGGUUGUACCGGGGUAUUUAAAGAAACCGAAUGGUUAUUUGGUGGAACUUACCACGAGUUGCGUGGUGUUAGGACGUGUAUCUAGCCGGUGGUAAAGACUAGUUCGCCCCCCCAUUGGAGCCUCCAUGUUGAAUGUUCGACCCCGUCGUGCACUCUCCCCACCUGAAGGCAGUGGUUGUUGGUAGCCGCAGUACUGCAAUUCUGUGCAAGUUUGCAACGACAACUUCUACCGUGUCACUGAAGCACUUGAUCACCAAAGCUACCUGCUUAAUAAUUGAUUGGCCAAGCUAGUGACUGAUGGUUCGGGAUGGUUCUAUCUUACUCGCUAAUGAGGGGCUAAAUAACAAUUGCAACUGGAUUUAGUAAGAUGUUAACAAUGAGGAAACAAAUCAUUAGACAGAAUGCUAUUAGCAUGUGCCCUGACUUAACUCUGGAAACUGACAAUAAUAUUUCAGACAAUAAGGACCAUGAUCCUCAACGCCAGGAAACACAGACUCAACGUCGAGGUUUGACUGCUUCGCCUAAAGAGUCCAAAAAUGUAAAACUCAGUCCUACCAAAAUCACUUCCGUUGAUAAAGAACGACUUUUAAAUCGUUGCAACAAGAAGUUAAAGCGUUAUGAGAAGCAGCUUUUGGAAAAGAGAAACAAAGAGAAAAUAUACUUCUACCAUGACAAUCUGUGGAAGAAGAAUGCAUCUCAACACCAAGACAACCAACUUGUAACUGGAAAAAGGGAUUCCUCAGAUGGUUUGCCUGUCGACUCUGGAGUCUUGGCUGAGACGUCAAGCCUUAAGAAUAAUAAAGAGGACUUAACUGCUGAGAAAAAACCCACACAGAACAAAAACGGACAUGGGUUCUUCUUAGAUGCCUCGCAAGAACUUAAGAAAUCUCCAAGAAGCACUAAUCUCCGUUCAUCAUCUGGUGAUGAAGGGUUCGUAAAUGGUGAUGCCAAAAAAUGUCUAUCUCUCUCAUUAGACUUGAAUGACAUUCCUGAGGACGGAGCUUGUGCUGUUCCAAAACUCAAACUGAAUGAUGAAGACAAAAGUAUUUCAUUAACUGGGAAAAAAAAAGGUGAUGGCUUCCGUCGUUCAAGUGGUUAUGGGACUGGAGGUAGUGAAGAAGCGCCAGACGAUGAAUAUAAUUCAAAUCUCAGUGUUUUUGAACGAUCAUUUUCAAACAAUGACAUUAAACCCAUUUCUGGGACUGAAUUACCUCUCGAUGGUGAGCAAGUUUCAAAUACUGCUGGAGUAGUGACAGAAUUAUCAGAUCGGAUUGAAGAAGCUCUUGGCAGAAGGCCUUCACCUACCAAUGGACAACGCCUUGUAGAAUUGAAGAAUUCAAGCCUACCCCCUGAUGCACGUAUCUGGAACUUCAGCCAAAAUAUAACAAUUAAGUCGGAUGUUACAAGGAAGUAUGAAGAUGGAGUUAACAGUGAAUUGAGCCCAUCGGAAAUUGCAAAAGAUCUAUCAAACAUAAUGAGAGAUAAUCAACAAAUAAGAAUGCCGAGAAUGAGAGAUUGUUUACAACCUUCUGCUGAUUCUGAUGAAUUGUUUGACUCGGACGAUGUCUGUGGGGAAAUUGGGCCAUUAAGAUCUCAGGAUUUUUUGACUGACGACGAAUUUGAAGAUGACAUAGAUCUCUUACUUUCAGAAGCAUCAGUUCUUGCAGAGGUGAGCAACGGGAGGAGAUCAUCAGAGAGAGAUGUAAAUGGCUGCUCCGGGGGCUUUGAUGAAGUUGAUGGAGCAAGGUGUUCCACUCCAGAAGUGAAGAGAUUAUCCCAGUGUCUUGAGCGAGCUGUAUUCUGCAAGAAACUAAGAGGAUCUUGUGAGGACCCUUUGUGUGUAAAGGGGCGGAUGCAUAUUUGUCAAUUGAAAGAUUUGAUUCAGAAGGGAAGAUUCCGUGAAUGCAAUCCAAAGAUCUUGCUGUUUUUGUCAAGUCACAUCAAGGAGUGUACUGAAUUCCAGUGUGUGGUACCACUGUGUGACUCAAUCCGACAAAGACCGUCACUGGAGCAUCCCAUACAAUUGAUGCUGGAACAAUCUCUUCAGCCAAAGACUAACGAACUUGCAGUCCUAACGCAACGUGUCUUACAGAAUGGCAACUUUCAUAUAUUGGACAAUGAUCGGUCUGAUGCGUUAUGGAAGUCAGCUAAGGUUCAGUAUGUCAGUCCUAUGGGAGGUUUCUGUGACUCCAACAUCCUGCGAGUUUGUUUGCAGUUAAUGCAACAGUCUGGUGCUUCAGAUGAAGUUCAUGUUGUUAUCAAAAAGGCUUUGCAAACUGGCCGGAAUGAAAAGAAUGUCUACCUUGCAAUUCAGAAACCAUCUCCAUAUUUAGUGAGGAGCUUCUGGUACAGUGAACUACAAGAUGAUACAAUGCUGGUGUGUUCUGUCUAUCAUACAGAUUCAGAUUUUAUGGAACUGGAGACACUACUCUUCCAUGAUACGACCCUUGACCUCUGCCGUGCUAUACUCAGACAGGCUGCUGAAGCUGCUAAGUAUUUACACUCACUCAAUGUAGUGUAUCUCAGCUGGAAAUGUUCCGGUCUGUUACUUGAUAAAAGGAAUCAAAGUGUGAAGUUAUGUAACUUCAGCCAUGCCAUGGUUUUAGAGCAAGGCGUAGUAGCGACAAGUCCAGAUAACAUUAGAUCAACAAUUGAUCCAUGCUAUGCUGCACCAGAGGUUUUGUGUGAUGAUAAAGCGUUGGGAUUUUACUCGGAUGUUUGGGGUCUUGGAUGCUUGCUUUAUGAGUUGCUCCAUAAGAGUAAACCCUUUCCUGAUUAUUGCCAUCGGUCACCGGCAGACAUUAGAAGAAUGGUCUGCCAGAAAGAAUUUCAUCCCCCUUACCCAGAACUUCAGAUGGAUAUUUUUACUCACUGCUGGCAGCCAGUUUCAGCUCAGAGGAUUACCAUAGAUAAUCUCUUGGAUUUGUUAGCUGAUCCCACUGAUGUAGAUAGAUGAAGAUUCUAGGUAACAAACU